AUGCAGCUGUCAGGCUUGGAUUCAGGGGCUCUCCUUGCUGCCCAGGUUCAGAAAGCAGACUUGAAAGCAAGAUGGGUGGGAGGUAGCUUCCCACUGCAGGGGUGGACAAGGCCAGCUGUUGUCACCACUGCUGAGCCUGUUCCUGUCCUGUUCCUCCCUCAGCAGCUCAGUUUCACACCUCAGGUUUGCCUGUUGCAGGACCGCCUCUCACACACCAAUGGUGCAGUCCGUGAUGCUCCAGAACUUGAAGUCACUGAUGACCUUGAGAAAGUUUGCAAUGAAGUAGUCGACACCUGUUUGUAUAAGGGAAGUCGAGACAACAUGAGUGUGAUUUUGAUCUGUUUUCCAAAUGCACCUAAAGUCUCAGCAGAAGCGGUGAAGAAGGAGGCAGAGCUGGACAAGUACCUGGAAAGCAGAGUAGAAGAAAUCAUAAAGAAGCAGGGGGAAGGCGUCCCUGACUUAGUCCAUGUGAUGCGCACGUUAGCCAGUGAGAACAUCCCCAGCCUCCCACCAGGGGGUGAAUUGGCAAGCAAGCGGAAUGUAAUUGAAGCCGUUUACAAUAGACUGAACCCUUACAAAAAUGACGACACUGAUUCUACAUCAACUGAUGAUAUGUGGUAAAGCUGCUCUUCCAGCCCUGGAUUCACCUUCGCCUCCAAAGGAGAAACCAGCUCAUCCUUGCCGAGCCUUUACCAUCCAUCAUCGACUUUAAGGAAGGGGUCUGACAUGGGUGAGGACUGCAGCUUCAGCGAUGGAACAGCCAGCCCAGAAUGGAUUUUCUUUUUUUAUUGUAAAUUUGAGACUUAUGUAAGCGUGAUUUCAAACCGUAAUUCAUGUUGUAAAUCAGACUCCAGCAAUUUUUGUUGUAUGAUUUUGGUUUUUGUAAAGUGUAAUUGUCCUUGUACAAAGUGCUCAUAUUUAAUUAUGAACUGCUUUAAAAUCACUAUCAAUGAUAAAGGAAAUUUGGCUUGUUGUGUGACACAACAGAAAUAGUCAUGCUGUAUUUGGACUUGGUUGGGAUAGGGAAAGCAGCAGCCACAUAGCUGGAUGCUCAUGUGCACAUGAUUAUGAAGAAUUCCAAAAACUUACACAGCUAUACACCCAGGGUCUAUGGAAACUGUCUCUGUGUUCUGGCAAGGACUGGCUUGUUGAUACAGCCAUCCCUCUCACCUGUCUCUAGGAUGUCCUCUCCUUGUAGCCAAGAGUAUUGCAGCUGAUCCUGUAUAUUCAUGAGAGUAUCUAUCAAUUUUGGGUUAACAGGCCUUGAUUCUCUAGCACCCCUGAGUUUUUACAUUUAAUUACUAAUUGGUAAGCAGCAGCCUCCUACGCAGGCGGAGGCUGCCACAUCUCCCUAUCAGGAUUGGCUGGGCCCGCUGCUGUUUUUAGAAAGAUAAUAUUCCGAAUUCCAUUUUAUCAAUAAAGCUUGGUUUAACAAACAAGAAAUUUAAUCAUGUAUGCGUAAUUCCUCUUUCACCCCGGCUUUCACACCCCAUGUGGGGUAAAUGGGAUGUUUGUCCUAGGGAAAGAUGUCUCCUUAAAUUGGAUGAUGGUGGUGUUACCAACCUGGUGCAGGAACAUUGGAAUAUUGACGUCUGCUGUUUCCUAAUCUGUUUUAAAUGCGUUUCUUUCAGGCUGCUAACUUAUCAUUAAGAUGUGCAUCAGCUUGAAUUUACUUAUUGUUAAUUAAAAUAAUUGUCAGAGUUUGACAAUCCUAACACUAUGAUAGAUGUGUGUGUGUUGAAUGUGUGUUUGCCUGUAACUUUUAAUUGACCCACGUCUUUAGACUCUUAAGAGGUUAAGAUACGUUUGUGAUUUGAAAUAUAGCAUGUUGAUAAUAUUUAGCUGUUGGCCUUUAAAGAUACAUUUCAAAGCUUAAGGAAUUGUAGAUAUAAAACCUGAUUUAAUUUAGGCUUAACCCCCUCUGAUUAAGCAUGUAAAAGUAAGUUUUCCCGUCUGUCAUGUUACAGAGACUACUGUUCUGUACCUUCUGUAUCUUCGUCUCUUUAGGUGGUGUAUGCUGUAUUAUCACCAUGCGAUUGAUUCAGUUAUAGUCACAUCCCAAUAGGAAACGAUCAAAAUACGUCAAAGUCACAACUUUAUGUAUAAAAGUUAGCAUAAUACAUUUUGUUCUAUUUGGUUUUUCCCCCAAACUUGGAAAUAAACAUGUUUGUAAUAUAGAGCCUUAAAGACAGUGUAAAGUUGAAGACAUAGGAAAGCUCUGUGAAGUGUCGCAGACUCCAGUAGCUACGAUACCACCUGGCUCUUCAGUAUCCCUCUUACUUGUGAGGUGAAUAAAUCUAACUUAAUUGUAUUUAAUUGAUACACUAGUCCAGCAUGAAUGAAGAAAAUCUAAAAUACUCUUUAUAUUUAGAAAUUCAUAAGAGCCAGAAUACAGAACCAAUUCCAAACUUAACUUACAAUAAAUGCUUAAUGUCUAAACCUGUGGUAGAGCUGGGAGUAUGAUAAUGUUCUAAGCUGUGUCUUUGCAGAGCUGUAAACGUGCAUUUUUAUGAAACCCAGUGCUUCUGGCACAGACUGGUCCCCAGGCUGACAGCUGAAGCUGAGAUCCUGACAAGGCGACCUUCUUCCUACUGGCAAACCUUCAGUUUUUGAAAUUGAAGCUUACAUGAUGGAAAGUUGUAUAUCACACUAUAGCAGCUUGGUUAGAGCCUUGGUAUCAGAGAGUCUCCAAACAAACAAAAAAGAGGAAGCUAGAGUAUCCCUCUGGUGGUGUUGACACCAAAGGUUGAAGUAAGGACCAUGUGACCUGAUGUGAGUAGAGAGCCAGCACUAUGCUUGGUACAGAUGGCAUCAUAGAAUGGCAGGAAGGAGGUGUGCAUCGUAAAAGUAAGGAUGCUUACUGCCUGGAAGGAUGCUGCCCUCUCUCCUGAUAAUGAACAUCUCAGGACACAUGCCUCAAAUAUUUUGGAAGUAUGACCUUGGGGUUUUGCCUUUUUUUUUAAAUGUGGAGGGAAAAAAAAUUCUUGUGUGAUGGUCACACAAUAUGUAUAGUAUAAUUUCAUGUCAGUGAAAAAUUCAGUUCUGCAUAAUAGGCUUUUGCUAACUUACCACUUAAAAAUGUUGUGUCUCUUACUGUUUUAAUAAGUGGUCAUAAAGAUAAAAUAAGCUGGGCAGUGGUAGCACGCCUUUAAUUCCAGCUUCUAAAGGCAGAGGCAGGAGGACCUGUGAGUUUGAGGCCAGCGUGGGCUACAGAGUCUAUAUAGUGAUGUCUAGGACAGCCCGGGCUCCAGAGACACCCUGUUUCAUCUCCUUUCCACUUCCUGGUCUUCAGAACACUUCUCAGACAUCGUUAGUUACUGUGCAUUCAUUUGACUCUAGGCAGCUACACGGCUGUCCCUGCUGCUUAACUUUUUUAUGCCAUGUAGUAUUAGAAAUUGGGGUGGAAAAGCCAGGUACAGGGGCUGUGCCUGUGGUCCUAGCACCUGAGAGGCUGGAGCAGGAGGAUCAUGGGUUUAAGACUAAACAGGGCUACAAAGUGAUACCCUGUUUGAAAGAAAUUAACAAUUAAAUUUUUUAAAAGAAAUUAACAAUGAGUUAUGCUGAUACAAAUUGUUUGAAUUACAGUGCAGCUUACAAUGACCGUAUGUUUGAGGACCUUAACCAGCCAGGCUCAGUUUUCCACAGUGUAAAGUGUCACCAAAACACUGUUCUAGGUUAAGUCCCUUGGGACUAUAAAGAGAUAAAGUAGGUCCUUGUUCUCAGGGAGUUACCUUUGAGCAGAAUUUAGAAUCUGCUGUAUGUAUUAUAAGUGGAACAUUCGUAUAAGUGAAGAAAACCAUGUUGCCCACCUCCACCUUACCCAGCACUUUCCUCAGCCAAGCAGGUCACCAUCCAAAAGAGUUAGUCGGGAUUCUCCUUAUUUCCCAGAAUUGUUUAAUUUCUUCUCCCCAAAAGUUGAAUACCAUUCAGUAGAAAAUUACACUCAGCAGAAGAGUAAAUUGGACUGAGGGGUCUUAGUAUCUAUUCAGAGGUCUUAGAUAGCUGUAAGAGAUGACUUUGACAGCAUCUGUUAGCCCUCCUGACAGCAGCAAGUCACAAGUAAUGGAUGUCUCGGCGUCCAGGCGGGACCUAGCGCCCCCUCCGUGUCCAGGCGGGAUCUAGGGCAGGGGCUCCGUAGCUUCUGUCUAAUGGUGGUCUUCACUGCGCAGCAUCAGUGUUCCUGGGAAAUGGGCGGGCUCUUCAGUGUGCUAGUAUUUACAGUGGCUGCUUUGCCCUCCCUACUGAACAAAUUAACUGGAGAAUUUAACAAGGAGACUCCGAAGACACUGAUGUUUUGCUUUAACUUUUAAUUUCAUACUUCUAAUUUAGACUUUAUGGAUUUUACAAUGUAGAAUUUGGCAUUUGAAGAGCUGUAAAUAUUUUAGCAUAUAAAUGUUUCUCCUUGAGGUUUUUCUUUGGAGGAACCUCCAAGGAUGUUAUAUAUUCUUACUUACAUAGUCUGAUAAUGAGAUGACCGUUUUUACAUUUACUAUUCUAACUAGUUUUUCUUUUUUUUCCUUCAGGCAUUUGAAAGUCUUUAAUUUUAGAAGCCUGGUUUUACUUUAUAUCCUACAAUAAUGUGCUGUGUGUUUCGGUUUGCAGUUCUUUUAAAUUAUAUAGUAUUUCAGAAUAUGCUUAAAAUAUUUAAGAACCUGUUUUAUAAAUGUAUAGUACUUUACCGUUGUGUUGAUCAGUCGCUCAGCUAAAUGGUAUUAUUAUUAUUAGAACGCUCUGCAGUGUGAUGAGCGCUGGCUCUGCUGUACUGUCAAAUGAGCAUCUUGCAUUUAGGGUCAACUCAGCAUGGCUCCUCCCUCUUGUCUCUGUAUUCUGUUAGUGACUUCUUUUUUCUAUCCAAUUAAGCAGCAGGGUGGAGUGUCAGAAAAACUAAGAUUUUCAGUUCUGCAUAGCAGGCUUUUGCUAACUUACCAUUAAAUUUUGUGUCUCUUAACAAGUGAUUGUAAAAAUAAGCUGGGCAUUGGUGGUGGGCACCUUUAAACCUAGCACUUGGGAGGCAGAUCAAUCUGAUCUCUGAGCUCAAGGGUAGCCAGGACUAUGCAGAAAAACCCUGUUUCAAUAUUCCAUCCCACCAAAAGAAAAAAACUCAGAUAGUAUUCAAAUUACAUUGGCUUUUAUGAGAUGAGGAGAUGUAGUUUAAGUUGAAAUGAUAAAUGACCAUUUUUGUUAUCCUUCAUGAAAUAUAUUCCCCUGACCUCCAUUUCCUCUCUUGGGCCCUUUACUUCUUAAAUAGAAUGAGGCCAAUUUCAUUCUGUUGAACAAGAAAGGCCAUACAUCACCUCACCAAGACCAAGCCAUACUUUGUUAUACUGAACUUGCAGCAAGAAAACGUGGGAUGUGGAGUGUGGGAGACAGGGAGGAGCGUAGUGGCUUUAAAAUCCAUAGAAUGGUCUUCUUUGGACCUGGCUGUUAGAGUUUCAGAACUGAGCAUCUCAGAAGUCAAUCAGAGACAUCUCUGUUUGUUUUCUCCUUUGGCGAUAGUCAACAUGAGACUGAGAAACAAACUCAGUACUUACUCUUCCAGACCAACCAUUUGCCUCUUCUUUGUUCCAAACCGAAUUUCCACUGGCAGCUUUCUCGUUACACUGAAUGUUUAGGAAGAUUAUUCUUUUUAUAUAGUCCUGACUGAUGAAAGACUCAGUAAUAUUGGUGUCUGUAUGGUCCUAAUUGUGUAUAAGAUUGGGUGGCUGUAAAACAAAGUUGGAUCUUGAUUCUAUACAAGAAUAGCACAGGUUUGUUCUUAGGGGGCUUCUUAAACUUUUGGGGCUCACACCUUUGAGAUGUGAAUUUGAGAGACUGCACCUAGGAAAAUGCAUACGGAUAUAUAAAACUCUCCAAGCGUGUCUCUCUGGUCCGGUCAAGGCUCUCUGUUAUAACGUAGGGCUACACAGAAAAACCUUCCUUCUCCAGCAAAGCUCCAGAUAUUCCAAGAGCUUUCAAACCCCACCGGAAGGAAUUGUUUGUUUUACUUUGGAAACAGUAAGGAGGCAGGUGGGCACCUGGCUGGAAUCUGGUAAAAAAGUUUUUUGUUGUUUUGUUUUUCUGAGGUCCUGCAUUGUGAAUACCUAUUUGUAAAGAUGGAAGCAUGGGGGUUAGGCUAGUUUUGGAGGUUGAUGUUAAGGUUUGCCACUCCUGAAACUCAACAACAGAAAGUGAAAUAGAAAUGGACUGUUUGUGGCGAGCUGCUGGCCCUCUGUAUUCUAAGUCCUUAAAUACUAACUUAAUUUCUAAGGAAUUAAGUACUUUUAACAAUUGCUACAGAAGGUUCCAUAAUUACAUUGAAAAAUAAUUGUUAAAUUUGUUGCCAAAAUUUCAUGCUCAGUUCUGGCUUGAUUUAUGUUUGUGGGAGUAGAGACAAUUCAUUGUUUUACCUGGCUAGCCCAUAACUAAUUCCAUAGCACAUGUACAGGAAGAUACUGUGGAGCAGUGAUGCUCAGCGCUGAGUAGUUUUCCAGUUGUAAUCAGUUCACUUAAUUUCUGAGUGUUUUGAGUGGGGAGCAAUGUACAUGUAAAAAGCAUGUUGCAUUAGACAUAAAUUCAGUUUUUUUAAACUCUCACUGAUGUAAGAACUGCAGAAAUAUUUUUCUUAAACAUAAUAUGUAACAGAAUUCUCCACUUUGCAGUUUAUGUGACCCGCAGUUUUAAAGAAAUUCCAUAAAUGUAUAUUUUGUAUUAUGUACCGUUUCCUGGUCCAAAGAAAAUAUGUGAACUCAGUUCUAAUUUUAAGAAUGUACCUUUUGUUUUCUAGUUCUCUGAAAAAUUGCAUUCAGCCUGUGAACGGUUACAGAUUGUAUGUGAGAUGAAAAGUAGAGAUCUCUGGUUUGCAAAAUUGGUGCCAUGAAAUAAAACAGGCAACUG